UUAAAUAUAUGUAUCGAGUUUAUCAAGUUGUUUCCAUAAGAUAUGAGUAUCACUUGUUUUAUACAAAUGGCCGAAAACGACAUCACUUAGCAUACUUAAUUAUAGCUCCCAUUUCCCAAUGCCACUAAGUAAAUGCAUAGUUGCACACAUUGUAUACCAAUUGCAGAGGUAAAUAACACCAAAUGAUUUAAUCAAAAGUUCAAACUUUUGUAAAAUACAUACACAUAUAUAUAAAAAUGGCUUCAUGGAACUCGACAGAAUUGAAGGUGUUAUCAAAUGUUUUCGGAUGGAUUGCUUUUUGUGCUUGGUCUAUUAGCUUCUAUCCUCAAGUCUUGUUAAAUUUCAAAAGAAAAAGCGUUGUGGGACUAAAUUUCGAUUUUGUUGUGCUGAACUUGACCAAGCAUUCAUCUUAUCUCAUAUACAAUGCGUCCGUCUUCUUUAGCUCUGCGGUUCAACGCCAAUAUCAUAACAAAUAUGGCUUCAAUCAGAUGCUACCAGUAGCUGCCAAUGACGUUGCAUUCUCUAGUCAUGCUGUUUUAUUAACAGCAUUUACCUUGUUCCAGAUCGCCAUAUAUGAUCGUGGAACUCAGAAGGUGUCAAGGAUUACUAUGGCCAUAGUUUCAGCAGCGUGGAUAGCCAUUGCAAUAUGUAUUAUUAUUGCCAUUCAAAAACAUUCUUGGUUGUGGCUUGUCAAUUGUUUUAACAUGCUGCAGGUUUUCAUGACGGUCAUCAAAUAUAUACCUCAGGCAGUAAUGAACUUCCGAAGAAAGAGCACAAUUGGGUUCAGCAUUGGUAACAUAUUGCUUGAUCUCCUUGGAGGAUUGACAAACUAUGGGCAAAUGGCGGUCCAAUCUAUAGACCAGCAUUCUUGGGUUAAUUUCUAUGGAAAUAUAGGCAAGACAUUGCUUUCUUUGGUCUCUAUCUUCUUUGAUCUGUUGUUUAUUGUGCAACAUUAUGUGCUCUAUCCUGUGAAGAAAGAGAUCUCCUCAAGUGAAGUCUAACUUUUGGGCACUCAUUCUUUCGUGUCAAGCUCUGUCUUCUGUUCUCAACACAAAGGGCGACAAGAUAGUUGGAGACUGCAUAUUGUUUUUGUAGGCACUCAACGACUUUGAACUAUACAAGAGAAAAUUACACGUUGUCAAUGUAGAGUCCUUAACAAUAAUAAAACGUUAGAUAAUGCGUUCAAUCUUCAUUAAUACAUAUACAUGAAAGAAUAACAAACUUACAAUGCUGACCGCCAUUUUGUGCCAGCACUUGAUUUGCUUCCACCAGCUGUAGGAUGAACAGGUGUUUCCAUCCUUUAAAAUAUA